AAGCCUGAUACCACAUAUAUCUUUCAAAUUCGAGCUCGAACAGCAGCUGGAUAUGGAUCAAACAGCCGCAAAUUUGAGUUUGAAACAAGUCCUGACUCUUUCUCCAUUUCCAGUGAAAACAGUCAGGUUGUGAUGAUUGGCAUCUCAGCUGCAAUAGUAAUUAUCCUGCUCACAGUGGUGGUGUAUGUGCUCAUUGGAAGGUUCUGUGGAUACAAUAAAUCUGUGCACAGCCCUGAUGAAAAAAGACUCCACUUUGGAAAUGGUCACUGUAAGUGUUGUGAUUUAUAA